CGAAAAAUUUGUCAGUCUGAUGGCGUACUUUACACUGACCAUAACUUGUUUGUUGUGGGCUUAUGGGAACGUUUGUGCCGUGUCUGUGGUGAACCCCCCCACCCCGGGGGAAGGCAUGCCUUACACCCUGACCUGUGAUGGCGUCAUAGCCCCACCCUGGGACCAGAACUCCACCCUGAUGGAGCUGAGACUUGAGGCGUCACCAGCGGCUAGACAAACAAAUAUUUUGGCGCUAUUCCGGCUGGUGCCAGAAGUUAUCAAGACACAAAACAUUCCCACCGGAAAUUCUCCCAGGAACUGGUCAUAUGUCUUCACCGGAGAAAACGCAUCCAAGGCGAUGUCGGAUGACGUCAUGAAAGUCGAAAUCCACGUGCACAGCGCGAGCAGCAGCGACAGCGCCAACGUCUGCUGCAUCGCGCUUUAUGACGUCAAUGACACCCGCGGCUCCAUCAAUGUCACUCAAUGUCAGCAGUUGACAGGUGUGUCAGUUGGUAGCUCAUCAGAUAACAAAAAUAUAACAGCUAAAAAAGAAAGCAAUACUUCUGACCCCAGCGUAUUGCCGGAAUCACAUGGUAAUCCAUUUGGAACUUCAGAAACAGACUACGAAUACGAAGAUGAAGACGAUGAGCUGCACGCCCUACCCGUUAUAGGUGAACAGAUCGUUACUGCCUCGCCGGUCCCAAUUUUGGGUGUGGUCUACGCCGUUUUGUUUUUCUUGGUGGUUAUACUGCUAGUUUGGUGGCACUGCAGUCCCCCACGUGACCACGUACGUCAGCCAAGCCCAAAACCAGAUCACGUGACGAAAUCCCCCAGCCCUCCACAAGAUCACGAACCCCAGCCAAGCCCUAAACCCGAACCCGUCACGUGACCCAUGACUGUAUCGUAUGUUGUUUAGUAUGUUGUUUAGUAUGUUGUUUAGUAUGUUGUUUAGUAUGUUGUUUAGUAUGUUGUUUAGUAUGUUGUUUAGUAUGUUGUUUAGUAUGUUGUUUAGAAGGGUGUUUAGUAUGGUGUUUAGUACGGUGUUCAGUACGUUGUUCAGUAUUUUUUUUUACAAUCUUAUUUGUCAGUACCAUUUCUAAUAUGACCAAAUUGUUAUAUUAUGUGGUUAUGUUAAAGUUAGCCACCAAAUCAUAUAAAUCUUAAAAGUAACAUACAUUUAUAAUUUGGUUACUAAAAUAUCUUCUGCAUUGUUUAUUUCAUGCGAUUUGAAUCUGUUUUUUCCUUUAUUAUUUCCAUGUUCUAUGUAUAUUUCGUAAAGAGGAUACACUGUAUUUAGUGUUUAAGAUAUCUAGUGUUUAACUCUAAUUGAGAAAUUAAUUAGUGAACUAAUUAAACCCUGUUGUAAAGUCUAGUGUUACAGUUGUAUAAAAAUUUUAUAACUCUUUGUUAUGAACUGGUUAAAAUUAUAAAUAUAUUUUUAAAAUUUUGUCCUACUUUAAAAUAUGAAU